AUGAUCGUAUCACAAAGGGGUUCGUUGUCUGACGAGACCUGGCCGACCAAAGACGUAUGCUCUCCCCCCUCUGGGAUUGGGAUGAAUCCUAACCAUCCUCGACAGAUAAUCUACCUCUCAAUUGUCGGCCCAUUGAUGCUCGCUGCCCUGUUCGAAUGGAUUCUCUGGCUAAGCGCCUUUAUCUACUGCCUGAUCAAGGUGUGGAUGAAAGCAGACCAUUGGAGUAUAAGAGUUCUGGCCCUGGUGAUGAUUUUCUUGUUCACGGCGAUAAGACUGGCAUUCCUUCCAGUUAUGCUCGUGACACUGCCGUUGCCACCACAGAUCACGGUUCACUUACCCCACGAAAUAGUGCAUGGGUUUCAAGUGUUCGCAUUUUGGGCUUUUUCAGCUCUUCUGGUCGGCCCCUGGCUAUUUUGUGUUUACGGUCUCACUACCAAUUCACUGGGGAGGAAAAAGAGGAUCAAACGAGUGCUGGAUGAUAGGACGGCCCCGAAGACUGUCGUUGUGAUGCCGGUAUAUAAGGAAGACCCAAGUGUCUUGAUCAAAGCCAUCAACUCUGUGGUUGACUGCGACUAUCCUGCAAAUUGCAUCCAUGUCUUUCUCUCGUACGACGGUGGCAAGGUGGACGAGCCGUACCUCCGUGUCCUCGACCACCUCGGUAUUCCGAUCACACUGGAGAGCUAUCCUCAGAGCAUUGACUGUAUUUACAAGGGUGCACGGAUUACGGUGUCUCGAUUCAAACAUGGCGGUAAAAGGCACUGCCAAAAGCAUACUUUCAAGCUUAUCGACAAGGUUUAUGCUGAGUACCUGAAGAGACAUGACAAUCUGUUCGUUCUUUUCAUAGAUUCCGACUGCAUUCUUGAUCGAGUUUGCUUGCAGAACUUCAUGUACGACAUGGAGCUUAAGCCAGGCAGCAAACGGAACAUGCUUGCAAUGACGGGCAUCAUUACGUCGACGACGGAGAAAAACAGCUUGCUGACGAUUCUUCAAGACAUGGAAUACGUCCAUGGUCAGCUUCUUGAACGAUCCGUUGAGUCUGGCUGUGGUGCGGUGACCUGCCUCCCUGGAGCUUUGACUAUUUUACGCUUCUCCGCUUUCCGUAAGAUGGCCAAGUAUUACUUUGCGGACAAGGCUGAGCAAUGUGACGAUCUCUUCGACUACGGCAAAUGUCAUCUUGGGGAGGACCGAUGGCUCACUCACCUGUUCAUGAUUGGCGCCACGGAGCGGUAUCAAAUUCAAUUAUGUAUGAGCGCCUUCUGCAAGACCGAAGCCGUCCAGACCUUUAGUACUCUCUUGAAGCAACGCCGGCGAUGGUUUUUAGGUUUCAUCACUAACGAGGUUUGCAUGCUCACUGACGUCCGGCUCUGGGUGCGCUAUCCCCUUCUGUGUCUGGUUCGAUUCAUGCAAAACACGAUCCGAACGACCGCUCUGCUCUUCUUCAUCAUAAUCGUCUCACUGCUUACAACAUCAAAGAAGGCAAAGGAUCUUCCUGUAGGAUUCAUGGGGGUCUCCUUGGGGUUAAAUUAUUUACUCAUGCUUUACUUUGGCCUGCGUCUCGGACGCUAUAAAGCCUGGCUUUACCCAAUCAUGUUCAUCGUGAAUCCGUUCUUCAACUGGGUCUACAUGGUCUAUGGUAUUUUCACAGCCGGUCAGCGAACUUGGGGUGGACCACGGGCCGAUGCUGCCACUGCUGAUGACCAUACCACGCCAGGAGAGGCAGUUGAACAAGCAAAAGAGCAGGGCGAUGAGUUCAAUGUGAAUGUCGAUACCUUCCGCACUGGCAUUGUACGCCGGAGAUCCGUCCCUGUCCGCCCAUCGGAGAACGUGGAAGGUCGACUUGCACCUGCCAAGCAGAUGCUUGACGGGUUCCAUGUCAACACUGCCGGCCCUGGGCCCGCACUUGCACGAAUGGUCAGCGCGAUGGAAGAUCCCGAAAAAUCCAAAUACCAGUUACCUCCUCUCUUUCGCCAUUCGACGGAUUCUGUGGUCAGUGCAUCAUCCGAUUGCGGCUCUAGCUCGAUUGCCACGCCACAGAAUGUGGACAACCUCCUGAUGAGUGAAGAAGACCAAAAGAAGCUCUAUCAUGUCCGCCAAGCCCGGGCAUCAACGGGCUCGGUGAGCGUCGACGGUCACACUUCGGAGAACCGCUUUGAUGAUGGAGUCACUCCGCAGCCUACGGGUUCUGCAUCCGAGCACGAUGACCUGGGACUCACCCACCCACCAGCAACAUACAAGACUGGACGCUCUGAAAACAUUCCUCCGGUCUAG